AGCUAAAAGUUUGCCUCUCGAUUAGACUAGUUUUACUGGGUGGAGCUGGUGGAUGUGGGGGUCGUCGCGGCUGGUGCACUGGAGGGGGAAGUGAAGAGCUCAGGACGGACUGCGGUCUGGUGCACAAGUUGUAGGAUGUUUGCAUGAAAAUAGGCCAGGUUGUGGCCCUCCAUCCAGCGUCAAUCAUGGCGGACGCCAUCACCUUUCGCACUGAGCCAUGUAUGGAAACUGAGCCAGAAUGCAGCACAGGCGGCAUCAACGAUGCGUCUUCGGAGGAGCCUAAAGAGAAAAAAAAAGUCAACCAUGAGCACGGAGUGAAUGCGGGACAACGGAACGCUGACCGCUGGUUCUGUGAAGAAUGUAAGGAGUAUUUCCUCGAGGAAUGUCUAAACCACGGCCCCCCCGUGUUUGUGCCUGAUACGCCCACUGCGCUCGGAGUGCCUGAUCGUGCAGCUCUCACUGUGCCUUCCGGGAUCCAGAUCGUUAGGGAAGGUCAGGACGUGGAUGUGUGCUGCAUGGAUGAAUAUCCUAAGGGAGCGCUGUUCGGGCCGUACCAAGGCCAACUCUUGGGAGCACAUGACAAACCUUCAGGAACUUACUCCUGGAUGAUUGUUGAUGAGAACAACACCUACAAAACAAUCGAAGGCUGUGACGUAACUAUCGCAAAUUGGAUGAGAUACAUCCGGAUGUCUUCAGAGGAGGGUGAGAGAAAUUUGAGUGCAUUUCAGCAUGAUGGGCAUAUAUACUUCCGUGUGUGUCGCAGACUGGCGGUCGGGGAAAGGCUUCGCGUGUCGUACAGCGACGAAUAUACAAAACGUCUACAGAGUAUGUCCCAGGACUGUACCAACCGCAAGGCGGACACAGGGAACAAUUCCGAAGACACUACCCAACACCAGGAAGAAGCUAAAGGCCCACUUCUACGCUCGACAUUACACGGAAGAAGAAGUCUCAUAAAGCACGGUAGUGAUGAGGCAGAUAGCCAGCCUCAAGUGAAGAAGAAAAAAAUCGAUCUCAUCUUCAAAGAUGUUGUAGAGGCGUCCCUAGAAGCAAGCCAACGUCAGGACAAUCCACUAAACAGCACUUUGUCAUUAUCAAGACCUAGAAUGCAGGUCAGCAAUGUCUUCAGCCAUCCUGGAAACUAUUCACCAAAUGUAGUGGAGACAAUCAUGAGCCAGACUGAGAGAAAAGUGCCUCUUGUGUCCUGUGGAUUUGUGCCUGUGAAGCAGCUCGAGAGCAGUCUUGAAAGAUAUGUCAAAGUAGAGGACACACAAGAAGAGCCUACGACGAUUAGCGAAGGCCCAUCGACGUCUUUUUGCCCAAACUGCGUCAGACUGAAGAGACGUAUACGUGAACUGGAAGCAGAGCUUCUUCACUUUAAACAGCAAGAGCAGACCGAGACCUUGGGCUUGCAUUCAUCUGAAUCCUUGCCAAGCGAUGAAAUGAGAGUGGUAGAGUCUAUGACACCCAUUCCUGCCAGCAUGGAGGAAGAUGACCAGGACGUCGACUCUGCAGAUGAAUCCAUAACAGCUGACAUGAUAGUGGCCACCGACGAUGCCUCGAAACUGUCCGUCAGCCCCGGCCGGCGAAUCCGGCGCUUUAAACAAGAAUGGCUAAAGAAAUUCUGGUUCUUGCGAUAUUCUCCGACGCUGAAUGAGAUGUGGUGCCACGUGUGCCGGCAGUACACCGUACAGUCAUCAAGGACUUCGGCGUUCAUCAUCGGGUCGAAGCAGUUCAAAAUCCACACCAUCAAGCUCCACAGCCAGAGCAACCUCCAUAAGAAAUGUCUGCAGUUGUACAAGCUACGCAUGCAUCCUGAGAAGACCGAAGAGAUGUGUCGGAACAUGAUGACUCUAUUCAACGCUGCUUACCAUCUUGCUUUCGAGGGACGGCCUUAUUCUGACAUCCGGCCCUUAGCCGAGCUGUUAAAAAAGUGUGAACUCAAAGUCGUCGAUCAGUACAUGAACGAGAGCGACUGCCAGAUUCUUAUUCACCACAUUUCCCGAGCGUUUAAAGAGGACUUGGUCGAGAAGAUCCGUCUCUCACCUUUCCUCGGAGUCAUCAUGGAUGGGCAGAAUGAUGAUUUGCUAGCAGACACAGUUGCGGUAUAUGUGCAGUUCAUCACCACAGAGGGCCCGCCCGCUACUGAAUUUGUGUCCCUACAGAGACUGAGUGGUAUUAGUGUAGAUGGAUACCUUCAAGCUAUUGACCGUGCAUUUGGUGUCCUAGGUCUCUCUCUACAGGACAUGCUCGUGGUUGGUUUGGGAAUCGAUGGUUCCAACAUCUCUUCUACUCUUCGUUCAAACCUCUAUGUAUCCAUAAGGAAGACUUUUCCUUUUGUAUUGUGCCUGCCAGUAAUGAUUCACCGUCCCCAUCUAGAGAUACUGGAUUCCAUUUGUGGGAAGGAGCUCUCAUGUUUGGACGACUUGGAGAACAAUUUAAAGCAUUUGUUGAGUUUCUAUCGAUACUCCCCUCGCAUGAUGACUGAACUGAGGUCGAGUGCACCGACUCUCUCUGAGGAGACGGAGUUUCUUGGGGACAUACGAGCAGUUCGGUGGAUCAUAGGUGAGCCUAAUGUCCUAAAUGCUCUCAUCAAGGACUAUCUCGAAGUGGUGACACAUCUCAAAAGCAUCAGCGGUCAGACCCAGAGGGGGGAUGCAGCCGCCAUUGCGCUUUCUCUCUUGCAGUUCCUUAUGGAUUACCAGUCUGUGAAGCUUAUCUAUUUUCUUUUGGAUAUCAUCGCUAUUCUGUCACGUCUUGCCUUCAACUUUCAGGGAGAUUAUCUACUAGUUUCUCAAGUAGAUACCAAGAUUGUGGAAGCCAUUCAUGAGAUCGGUCAGCUGGUCGAUUCUCCAGGGGAGUACCUCCAAGAGUUUGAGGACAACUUCCGUGAGAGCUUCAAUGGAGUGGACCUCAAGAACCUUCGGGUGGCUGAAUCGAAGUUCCAGUCGAUUCGGGAGAAAAUCUGUCAAAAGACCCAGGGAAUUCUGGCCCAGCGCAUUGAUCAGCACAGCCAUUCUGUCGUGCAGGCUUGCAAGGUGCUCGACUUGUCAUCGUGGCCCCGCAAUAGGGACGACCUCCAAACCUAUGGUGAGGAAGAGGUCCUUCUCAUCUUCGAUCAUCUUGAGACAAUUCCCUUGUCAGGUCGGGAGCACUCGCAUGAGCGAGUGGAUUUCCGCGGAAGCCUGAUAAGAGAGUGGAGGGAUCUCAAAGCGGACUAUUUUAGCAUGAACGGCUUUAAGGAAGUGAUGAGUCAUGUUUGCAAAUAUAAGCAGCGUUUUCCUUUGCUCAACCAAAUCCUGCAGUUGUUGAAAGUCUUGCCAACAUCGACUGUCUGCUGUGACAAAGGAAGAGAGUCUUUGCACAAAAUAAGAAGGAAUAACCACUCCAGACUUACUCUGGAACAGAUGAAUGACCUGCUCAUGUUGGCUGUCAAUGGACCACCUAUUGCCAACUUUGACGGCAAGAGGCCACUUGACAGCUGGUUCGAGGAGAAGUCGGGGAAUAGUUACACACUUUCUGCAGAAGUGUUGAGCAGACUGUCCAACACUGAACAAAAACCUGUGCUGCACUCCAUGGAUGUGAAUUCAGAGUUUUACCCUGGUAUUUGAUUAGAACCUGCAUUUCAGCCAAUAAUAGUCCAAAAAGCCAUCUCAGUGGGCGUGAACUGACCGGGGGCCGUUAUGUGAUUGGCCAAUAUGAAUGACGUUGGCUCUGCUGCUACAACGGUCUGGUCAGCAAAUCCUUAUAAGUACAACUCGUUUAUUAAAAAAAAAAUUGUAUGAAUGCCUUUGCAGGGCUUUGGCACUUACACCCUUAUUCUGGAAUGUGUCAUUAUUUUUAUGUGAUGUUCCAAAGAAAAAGAAAAAAAGCACUUCUUGUUAGGUUGAAUUUAAUUAAUAGUUGAAAUCUAUCACAAAAAAAAAACCCCAGAUAUUCCAUUUUUUGGACUUUUUUUUUUUUUUAUUAUUUCACUUAUUAUCUUUAGUGUGUCCAGUAUUUGCUUGAAUAUGCACAGUUAUGCCUGAGUUGUUCGUGUACCUGAGAGCCAAUUUGACUAUUUGUCUAUAAACUCUACGGUUUGAUUUUCUUCAUCAUAUGAGAAUUAUGUACACUUUUAUUAAUGCCAUGUUUAAAUGCUGCUUAUCAUCCAGUAGAAAUCGAGUUGAAACAGAUUCUUUUAACCAAAACCGAUUGUUAAAAUUGAAUAGCAUUUUUUUUUUUUAACAAUAAUUAAUCAUUUAGUUUUAUUUUUUUGCUUCAGACUUUUAAAAAGAAUUCUCUGCAACGCAUUAACGAAUUGUAGCUCUGCAUGACGCAGUUUUAUUGCCAAUGGUUCAACGGUUUGGCAUGCAAUAUGCAAUAUGCAUAUUUAUAUUUAUGCAUUUUACUCAGAAUUUACUGUUCUUGUCAUGUUCCUCUUUUUCCCCUAUGUUUUAUACUCUUAUACCUUCUGCCAAUAACAGAAAGUCCAGGACAUUUCAACCUCGGGAACCGACUGACUUUUAAUAGUGCAAGAACAACGAUUCUGAGAACAUGGUAUUGCGUUGACACUCUUCUAUCAUUUUACAAUCACAUGCUUAUUUUUUUUUUUUUAAAUGA